UAUUUACUGUUGCUUCCACCUUGUCCCCUUUGUUUUCUUCCCUUUGUUUUUGCCAAUUCCCACUCGUCCCUUUAUAUUCUUCCUCCUUAAAUUCACAAACCGCUUCUUCCUCCUCCUUUCUUUCUACACCGAUCUCACUUGGAACCCAGAAGAAGAAGAAACAGGGACAAUUCACGGAUUCACAGACUGGGAGCUGUCGGAUUCGACUAGUCCGCCAUCUCGUCCUACCUCGCCAGCCCAUGGUUCGCCACCGCCAACGUUGCCGCCAGGUUCGUGUUCAUCAUGUACGUCGUUACCCCGAUCGCCUACUGGUUCAACUUCUACCGAGCCAAGACUUUCCCCAUUUUCUCCGACAACCUCUUCACCGCCACGGGACAGGAGUACAACAUCUCCUCCAUCAUCGACUCCUCGUUCCGCCUCGACCUCGCCGCCUACGAGCGCCAAGGCAACCUUUAUCUCAGCAUGCUUUUCGCCAUGACUUAUGGAGUUGGGUUCGCCGCCCUCACCGCCACAAUUAUCCACGUUGCCAUGUUCCGUGGAAGAAUUGAAGCGGAAGAGGAGGGAGAAGAAGAGGGAGAUUGUGACGGAGACGGGAUCGUGGGGUGGCCGCCGAUUAAUUUCCGGUGGAAGAAGAAGCAGAGGAACCACAGGGACCAGAUGACGAUGGCCGUCAAUCGGUUUCUCAUUGUUCUAGUGAAUGAGAAGCGGCAGGGCCCACAUCGUCAAUGUACGUGAAGGUGACGAUGGAUGAAAUUUCUGGGUAGGGAUGAAGAUAAUUAGGUUCUAUUUUUUAUUUUUUAAUAAUUUUGAUAAUGAGGUGGAAAAUAAAAAUAAUCAAAUUUAAUUUU